AUGCUUCACUCUCCGCUGAAAACAGCCCUGGCUUAUGAGUGUUUCCAAGACCAGGCCAGUUCUACAUUGGCCUUGCCCUCGGAUCACAAGCUGAAAACUAGGGGCACGGGAAAACAGAGAGUCCAGGAGCAGGUGAUGAUGACGGUGAAACGGCAGAAGCAAAAAUCCUCUCAGUCGAGCCUUGGGCACUCCAACCGAGGUUCCAUGUAUGAUGGUUUGGCUGAUGGCGUCAACUAUGGGACUGCCCGGGGCAGCUAUUAUGCCAAAGCCCAGACAGGAAACAGCAACUGGGGGUAUCCGAUGUACAACGGGACCCUUAAAAGAGAGACUGACAACCGACGCUUCAGCUCUUACAGUCAGAUGGAGGGCUGGGGCAACCGGCACCACAGCAAAUCCGUCUGCAGCCCCACCAGUCCCGGCGGCAACUACUGCCUCAAGAGCAGCCGGAGUGAGCCUGACCUGUGCUGCGAGCCUCCCCGGGGCACGCUCAGGAGAAACCAGAUGGGAAGCCAGGCAGUGCAAAAGGCAACCCUGAACCGCCAGAGCAUGUACAGCACCUGCAGCACCCACCAUGGGACCGCUCGGAAACCCCUCCCAGAUCGCAAUCUCUCCUGCACUUUGGGCAACAAGCCGGAUGCGUUGUACGCCCAGCCCGUGACGAGCGGCAGGCAGGACGGGGUGUAUGGGCAUUCUAUGUCCAGCUCCAGAAUAUGCAAUGAUGAGUUGGACAGCGUGGCAAUGACCAUCCAGAAAGCCAUACAGCUCCUGUGCUCCUCGGAUGAGAAAUCUCAAGCCAUGGGUGCGUACUACCUCCAGCACACCUGCUUCCAGGAUGAAUCUGCCAAGCAAGAGGUCUACCGGCUGGGUGGAAUUGGCAAGCUAAUAGAACUCCUCCGCAGCCCAAACCAAAAUGUCCAGCAGGCUGCAGCUGGGGCUCUUAGAAACCUGGUCUUCAGAAAUCCUGCCAACAAGUUAGAAACCCGACGGCAGAAUGGGAUAAGGGAGUGCGUGAGCCUCCUGAGGAGAACUCAGAACACUGAAAUACAGAAACAGCUGACAGGGCUGCUUUGGAACCUGUCCUCCACUGAUGAGCUUAAAGAAGAUUUGAUACACGAAGCCCUCCCUGUCUUGACAGAUUAUGUUAUCAUCCCUUUCUCGGGGUGGUCUGAUGGGGUCAGUAAUAGGACAAGAGAAAUUGUUGACCCCGAGGUGUUCUUCAAUGCUACAGGCUGUUUGAGAAACCUGAGUUCUGCAGAUGCUGGACGUCACACCAUGAGAAACUACCCUGGCCUGAUUGACUCAGUCAUGACUUAUACCCAGAAUUGUGUGGCUGCCAGCCGGCCUGAUGACAAGUCUGUGGAGAACUGCAUCUGUAUCCUGCACAAUCUGUCCUACCGCCUGGAUGCUGAGGUGCCCAAUAAAUACACCCAGCUCAACCAUGUGGCCAGGAAUGCCUAUGUGGACAAGACCCUCACAGGCUGCUUCAACAGCAGGAGUGGGAAGCUGGAGAACGAUGAGUAUGUUCUACCCAUUCCCGAUGAGGAGUACAAACCCAGAGGGCCCAGCUGGCUGUACCAUUCUGAUGCCAUCCGCACAUACCUAAACCUGAUGGACCAGAGCAAGAAAGAUGCCACCCUAGAGGCCUGUGCUGGGGCCCUGCAGAACCUCACUGCAAGCAGAGGACUGAUGUCCAAUGCAAUGAGCCAGCUGAUUGGCUUAAAGGAGAAGGGUUUGCCUCGUAUAGCACGGCUCCUCCAAUCCAGUAACAGUGAAGUUGUCCGAUCUGGGGCUUCCUUGCUGAGCAACAUGUCCCGGCAUCCUAUUCUCCACAAAACCAUGGCUCCCCAGGUGCUUCCAGAUGUGUCCCGUCUCCUGGCCUUCCAGUCCGGGAACAACAGCAACUUUGGAGAUAUCAUGUCCUCUGCUUGCUACACCAUGCGGAACCUAAUCAUGUCCAACCCGCAGAUGGCCAAGCCUUACUUGACGAGCAGCAUGCUAAAUAAUGUAGUAAACCUGUGCCGAAAUGGCUCCUGUCCAAAAGCAGCUGAAGCUGCUCGCCUCCUGCUGGGUGAUCUGUGGUCACACAGGGAGCUCCAGGGCAUUCUCAAACAGCAAGGAUUUGAUAAGAAUAUGUUGGGAUCCUUAACCGGGAGCGCUUUCAGGACCCUGUCUUCCAGAUUCUAA